AUGCCACCGAACUCGGCGGCACCCGUCCAGGUCUGGGUGGGCGGCCAGCUCUUCCAGGCCGACCGAGCCUUGUUGGUGGAGCACUGCGGGUUCUUCCGUGGCCUCUUUCGCUCGGGCAUGCGGGAGGCGCGGGAGGCCGAAGUGCGACUAGGUGCGCUGAGCGCCGCCGGCUUCCACAUGACUCUGCAGGUGCUGCGCGGCGAGCGGCCGGCGCUCCUGGAAGACGAAGCGCUGCUGCAGGCGGUGGAGUGCGCGGCCUUCCUGCAGGCUCCGGCGCUGGCGCGCUUCCUGGAACACAGCCUCACGUCCGACAACUGCGCGUUGCUAUGCGACGCAGCUGCCGCCUUUGGCUUGCACGACGUGUUUCGAAGCGCCGCGCUUUUCAUCCGCGAUGGUGCGCGCGAGCUGGCGGCCGCGCUGGUGCUGCCAGAAGCCCGCGCCUACGUGGCGGCGCUGCAGCCCAGCAGCUACGUGGCCCUGAGCACGCACACGCCCGCGCCGGGCUUUCUGGAGGAUGCGUCGCGCACGAUGUGUUACCUGGACGAGGAAGAGGACGCGUGGCGCACGCUGGCCUCCCUGCCCCUGGAGGCGAGCACGCUGCUGGCCGGCGUGGCCACCCUGGGCAACAAGCUUUACAUCGUGGGAGGCGUGCGUGGUGCCAGCAAAGAGGUGGUAGAGCUGGGCUUCUGCUACGACCCGGAAGGCGGCACUUGGUGCCAAUUUCCCAGCCCGCACCAGCCGCGCUACGAUGUGGCGCUGGCCGGCUUUGAAGGCCACCUCUACGCCAUCGGCGGCGAGUUCCAGAGGACACCCAUGAGCUCCGUGGAGCGCUACGACCCGGCAGCAGGCUGCUGGAGCUUCGUGUCCCACCUGCCGCAGCCCGCUGCCGGCGUCCCGUGCGCCCAGGCGUGCGGCCGACUCUUCGUGUGCCUUUGGCGACCGGCUGACACCACGGCCGUGGUGGAGUACGUCUCCCGGGACGAUUCCUGGUUGCCUGUGGCCGAGCUGCGGCGCCCGCAGAGCUACGGCCACUGCAUGGUGGCCCAUCGCGACAGUCUUUACGUGGUGCGCAACGGACCUUCAGACGAUUUCCUGCAUUGUGCCAUCGACUGCCUCAACCUGCUAACGGGUCAGUGGACGGCGCUGCCCGGCCAGUUCGUAAACAGCAAGGGGGCUCUUUUCACGGCCGUAGUGCGAGGCGACACGGUCUAUACAGUCAAUCGCAUGUUCACGUUGCUGUAUGCCAUCGAAGGCGGUACCUGGCGGUUGCUCAGAGAAAAGGCCGGCUUUCCCCGGCCUGGCUCCUUGCAGACCUUUCUCCUGAGGCUGCCUCCUGGUCCCCUAGGGCCUGUAGCUACAACGACACCAGAACUAUGA